GGAGAUAUUGCAACGUGUAGUGGGUCGAUUAUUCGUUUGUGGAGCAUCAAUGGAGACCUUUUGGUUGCUAAAAAUACCGCUCAAGUUCCGGAUCCAAUUCUUUGUUGUACCUUCUACGAGGGCAAGCAAAAUGAAUGGUUCGACAAUGACAUUAUUAUUACUGGACACAAAAAAGUCGAGAAAGAUUUGACCGGAAAUAAAGAACUGCGGCAUAAAUUAAAACACGAAAAUAGAAUAGAGCCAUCACCUGCAGCGGAUGUUGUCGCUUUGUUACCAGCUGGUGGAGACUCAUCUGGAAAAGUUUAUUCAUGGACUUUACCUGAUACCAAAAUAGAAUCUCAUUGGAUGUUGGAUGGACAAACUGAUAAUU